GGAACGUGUCUGCGUCCAAAAAGAGACGCUCACAGUUUCUGAUAACGAACAUUUGUCAGAUUGGAUAUCCGGGAGGCAUCAAGUUCCACACAUGUACAGACAUGUGGAACGUUGCCCUGAAGCUACCGUCUAGCGACUACAAUAACGUAUUAAGCAGGGAGGUAUUUCAUGUCUAACGUGACAGCCAGUGUAACUUGUCGGUAGUUGGAAUGCCAUGCAAGUUGGCGCACGUUUAGUUUUUUGGUUAAUCGUAGAGUCAUCAGCCUUAAAUUGCAAGAAAGACGACAUCAUCAGAACAAUUUAGCCUACACUAUCCGCAAUAUUUUUCUAUUUCGCUGCAAAUUGCAAAAUAGGCUGUCACCAUGGAGCAGGCUUCUUCGGCCGGGUUGUCAAAUCUCGAUCAGCAGCUUAACAAGAGAAAAGUCGUUGACCAAACUGGACCGUAUCAACGGACAUUUCGUCUCGACUUCCAGAAAACUUCCAGGGCUGUUUACGUUGUUGGCUCGGUGCUGAAAGCGAACCUGAAAAGAAAUGCCCCUCCUGGUUCCAAUUACUUCUCUGUUAAGUGCAGCCCCAGAGUGCAAUACAGGAUCUCCCCACCUCCAGCGGAGAAUGGGCUGCUCCCUAUUCCUAUCAAUGGAAAUACCAUGUUACUUAUCACCAUGGGCACAGCCAGUGAAAUGGAAAAUGAUAGUAAGCUGUCGGUCCUGUAUUAUGGAGAGAAGACAAAGGAAUUGGGGAAAGCUGUGGUUCACUUCACAGCUGUUGAAAUCUCUCUGGAUGUAGAUGCUGAUCGUGAUGGCCAGGUGGAAAGGAAUAACCCAAACAAGGGUUCUUGGAUGUGGGGGCCUAACGGCCAUGGUGCCAUACUGCUGGUCAACUGUGACUCGGAGCGCGUCUACGGGAAGAAGCUGGACACUUUGAGUGCUGAGGUCACCAGAGUCUCCGAUCUUAAAGACAUGUCUCCCAUGAUGCUGCGGACUCGUGGCCCUCCCAAGCUUCCACAGGGCUACAAGCUGGCCAUUCACAUCUCUCAGGGUGAUGCAGAGACUGUGAGGGUCUAUAAGACCAGGUCCACAGAAGGCGUUCAUCAAACCCUGAAAAACCUGUUCUACAAUAGCUUUGUGAAGGACUACCCACUGGUGCUGGGCUUUAAGAAUCUGUCCAAGGAAGUACCUUACCCCGGUGGAAACGCUGAGAUGAAAUUCUACGUUGAGGGCCUGAGGUUCCCUGACAAAGACUUUGAGGGUCUUAUCACCAUCAGCCUCAGCCUGCUGGAGCCCAGCUCUGGGGACUUUCCUGAGACACCCAUCUUUACAGACAAGGUGGUGUUCAGAGUGGCUCCCUGGAUCAUGACACCCAAUACGCUCAAUCCUGUUGAGGUCUUCGUCUGCAGCACAUCAGAUAAUUAUGAGUUCCUGAAGGGAAUGCGAAAGCUGGUGGAGAAAAGUGGGUAUAAGUUGAAGAUUUGCUAUGAGUAUAUGAACAGACAAGACCGCUGGAUGCAGGAUGAGAUAGAGUUUGGCUACAUUGACUCCCCUCACCAGCAUUUCCCUGUUGUGCUUGAUUCUCCACGAGACGGAGGACUACAGGACUUCCCUUAUGAGGAGUUACUAGGUCCAGACUUUGGCUAUGUGACAAGGACGGCAUAUAAUGAGGUAGUGAGCAGCCUGGACUCGUUUGGUAAUUUGGAGGUAAGCCCUCCUGUCACCGUAAAUGGAAGGAACUACCCUCUGGGCAGGAUUAUCAUUGGAGUGGCCUUUCCUACGGCUACAGAAGGCCGCAACAUGACCAAAGUAGUGCAAGACUUCCUGUGGGCUCAGAAAGUCCAGAGGCCCAUUGCACUGUUCUCUGACUGGCUCGUUGUUGGACAUGUGGAUGAAUUCAUGACUUUUGUACCAGCUCCUGACAAAAAGGGAUUCCGGCUGUUGCUCGCCAGCCCUGAUGCAGCCUACAAAUUGUUCAGGGGUUUACAGAAGGACGGACAUGGACAAGCCAAAAUGUUUGAUGGUCUUGGACCAGGACAGGAGAUUACAGUAGAUGAGAUUCUGAGUGAUGAGAAACUCCUGGCAGAAAACAACUAUGUCCAGAGCUGUAUAGACUGGAACAGGGAUGUGCUGAAGAGGGAGCUUGGUCUAGACGACGAUGACAUCAUUGACUUACCCAUCCUUUUCCAUGUGAUUGAGGACAACAGGGCAGUAGCCUACUACCCAGAUAUGGUGAACAUGAUUGUGUUGGGGAAGAACUUGGGCAUUCCUAAGCCAUUUGGUCCCAAGGUGGAUGGGCGUUGCGUCCUGGAGACAGAAAUGACCAACCUCAUGAAGGGCCUUGGAGUCCGCUGUACAUACAUAGAUGACUUUGCCUCCUACCACAAAAAUCUUGGAGAGGUUCACUGUGGCUCCAAUGUCCGCAGGGAACCGUUCUCCUUUAAAUGGUGGAACCUGGAGAUGUGAAGUGAUUGGGGGAAAGAAAAACUUUUAC